AUGAAGUUCUCCAUCCUCGCCACCGCCCUCGUCGCCGCGACCGCCGUCGCCGCCCAGCCCGCCCGUCUGGACAACAACGACCUCGCGGCCCGUGACGCCGCCCCCGCCCCCGAGGCCGCCGAGAUCCCCGUCGUCGCGCGCGACGCCGAGCCCGAGCCCGAGGCGGCCGAGCCCGUUGCUCAGGCCAAGCGCCACUACGGCCCCUUCGGCUCGUGGUGGGGCCCCCGCCCUGUCGCCGGAAUCCCUGUUGGGCCCGGCGGCGUCAUUGGUACUUGCCGCUGGUACCGCGGCUGCUGUGCACGUCGUCCCGCCCCCCCAACUCAGAAGGCUGUGGAGCCCUGGUGCAAACAACACGGACGCGGCCGUCUCAAGCACGAGGCCGUGGCCGGUGUGCUCAUACACUUCCCUCACCCCCCUCCAACACCACCCGCCACUAGGCGGGCGGCUAAAUCCAGUGGUCUUGGGCCAUAG